AUGUCUAAUGAAAAUGCCAAUCAGAACAAACCAAGUACUGCCAACGUGGCGAAACAAGAGAUUAAAAUCAAAUCAAAGGAGAGCGGUAAAACAAAAGAGAAAAAGCUGACGGUGUUGGAAAGCCACGGGUACACGGUAGGACGGAGCAUCGGCAGCGGAUCGUACGCUACAGUAAAGCAUUGUUCCAAGAUUGCCCAUUCGGAACGACACAAUGGUGACGUGGCCAUCAAAAUCGUAUCGAAAGUGCAAGAAGCCGCCGACUACCUGGAGAAGUUUUUGCCGCGCGAAAUCCAAGUGGUCAAAGGACUCAAACACGAGAACUUGAUUAGAUAUUAUCAAGCCAUCGAAACCACACACCGGGUGUACAUCGUCAUGGAGUUGGCACCUAACGGCAGCUUGCUGGACAUCAUCAAGAGGGAUGGGCGAAUAGACGAAGACCGUACGCAGAAAUGGUUGAUGGAGCUCGUCGGCGCCGUUGGAUACUGUCACGAGAACGGAGUUGUGCAUAGGGACAUCAAAUGCGAAAACUUGCUGAUGGACGACGGUUACAACAUGAAACUGUCGGAUUUCGGUUUUGCCCGAGCCGACAUGCUCAACAAAAACGGUCAGAUGGCCAUGAGCAACACGUUCUGCGGAAGCUACGCAUACGCCUCGCCGGAAAUACUUAAGGGCACGCCUUACCAGCCGGAUGCGUCCGACGUCUGGUCCGUUGGGGUAGUCCUGUACGCUAUGGUGUUCGGCACGUUGCCGUUCGACGACACCAACUACCAAAAGCUAUUGAAAGAAGUGCAAAACAAAGUGUCGUUCCCGGAAGACGUGACUGCGUCUGAGGAAGUCAAACAGCUGAUUGUCAGGAUAUUGGCACCGCUCAAGGUGCGCUAUAAGAUAUCGCAAAUAAAAAAAGACCCGUGGUGUCAGACAUCCGAAGUCAAAGUGCAUAGGAAAAAGAAAACCGCUGAGCCAAAGAUGGAUCCAGAAAACGUUACACAACAACUUAUCAAGAAAAUGUUGAUGACUGACAGUGUAGUGAAAUAAUGUUGAAUAAAGAAAACAUGUUGCACUAUAUAAAUCUGCAAUCAGGUUUUCAAAAAUAAAAAUUAUAUUCUUUUAAUUUGUAUGUUUCUAUAAUUAACCCUUCAAUCCUGGCCUACCUACUUAUAGGUGUAGGCAACUUAAAUGUAAUACUUUAGAUGUAUUUAUGGUCAUAUCAUUAAGUAUAAUAUUGUAUAAAAAUAUUCUUUUACAUCUAUACCAUAGGAUCUUAACCGGUGGUCCAGGGACCUCUUGGGGGUCCGUAGAUGGUUGUUCGGGAGUUCAUGAAAGGGGCUGUAAUUUUUUUUAAAUAACCCAAAAAUAAAUUUGCUGUAACUUUAUUGAAUGUAUAUUUAUUAAUUUUGAAUACGUGAGCGGCCUUUCAUAUAUCAGUAAAAUGUCCUAUAAUGUUUUUAAGAUAACAAUAAUAAUUUCUUGUCCGUAUUCUGCCUCUAGAAAGACAACAA